AUGGCGACCCUCAAAGGCCCUGGUGCACCCAAAACCUAUGACGGUUCCGCCCUACGAAUCGGCAUCGUCCACGCACGCUGGAACACCAAGAUAAUUGACGCGCUCCUCACCGGCACAAAGAAAGCCCUCAAAGCCUCCGGCGUCAAGGACGAGAACAUAGUCGUCCAAAGCGUGCCAGGCAGCUAUGAGCUACCUUACGCCGUCAAGCAACUCUACUCCGCCUCACAAGUCCAAUCCUCCUCCACCGGCAUCGUCGGUGCCGCCGCCGACCUCCUCGGUUCCACUUCCGACCUAACCUCCCUGACCCCCUCCGCGCCCAAAACCUCCACCGCGCCUUUCGACGCCAUCGUGGCCAUCGGCGUGCUGAUAAAAGGCGAGACCAUGCACUUUGAAUACAUAGCGGAUGCGGUGAGCCACGGGCUCAUGCGGUUGCAGCUCGAAGGCAAUAUUCCGGUUAUUUUUGGGUUGUUGACGCUGCUGAGUGAUGAGCAGGGGUUGAUGAGGGCGGGGAUUGGCGGGAGUGGGAAUGAGGGACAUAAUCAUGGGGAGGAUUGGGGGAGUGCGGCUGUGGAGUUGGGGGUUAAGAGGAAGGGGUGGAAUGAGGGGACGUUUUUGGAUUAG